AUAUGGAGGCUCAAGUCUGUUUGAAUUGUGGAGGAUUUAGUCAUUCCUAUGAAGGAAAUGGGAAGGCUAGUCUUGACUGUAAUCUUGAAUACAAGCAAAUGGUCACUAUUGCAGAGCAACAGAAUAAGAUAACUAAAAAUAAGCUUAAGAAGAUUAUGAAAUUGAUGAAUGAGAUUAAGACUGAGCAAAGCUUAAUUAAAGAUCUUGAUAAAUAAAAUCAAGGCUUAUUCUAAAAAUUGGAAGCCAGAGAACCAGCCUAGACAAAGACGUGAAGAAGAAAAGAAGGCUCAAAGAGCUCCUCCUAGAGAGGAGCGUAAGGCUCCUUCCAAAGCUUGGGGAGCAGAUAGCUCUUCUGAAGAAGAGGACAAGCGUGAUAGUUCAGAUUCAGAAGAUGAUUGGGGAGCCAGUAGUGACAUAACUGAUUUGAGUAGGAAGCAUAAUAGAGAAGAACAGAAAAACAAUUCGUUCCCUUCUUCAAUGUUCAAUCAGAGCGAGAUUAGAAGAGAAAUGGAGGAUGAUUCCUGGAGUUCCAGUAACAACUCAAUACAAGAAGAGUCUAAAUGGGGACACCAUCGUGAUCCCAUUCAAAGUUCAAGCAGAGGUUUUAGAGGAAGCAGAGGCUCGAGAGCAGGCAGAGGGCCAGCUAGGGGAAGACAUAUAAGAGGAGCUGAUCAGAGAGGUCAAAGAGGAAACAGGAGAGCUAAUAGAGGCAAUAGGGGAGGAGAAGCAGGAAGAGGAUAUAGAGGAUCAAACAGAGGUGCCAGGAACCCUAGAAGGAAUGAUUUUAAAAUUCAGGAUAAUGGUAGUAGUGAUGAUAAUUGGGGUGCUUAAAAAGUUUCAACCUGA